AGCUUACCCAAACCUUGCAUUUGUUGGAGACUCAACUAUCUUAAGAUGGCUUCUCUCUUGUUUGCUUUCUCCACACCGUCCUGCCAACUUCAGUGAACACAUGGAACACACGCUGGAUUUUUUUCUUGACGAAAACAUUUCUACACCUCACUGGUGCUGCCUUUGCACGGACCCAACUGAAGGAAUAUUAUGGAGUCCUUCACUGACUCAUUCAAAACAGGUCCUUUUUAGAUUUUGGGUGUGAUGUGACGCGUCUCUGUGGACUGGAUGAACUGAGAGGUGAAGGAAAAUGCAGAUACCAUCAUUAAUCUGGAUGCUGCAGCUCAUGAACGUUUCAAAAGGCCAAAACAGCACAAGUGUGCUGAGAUUUAAACGUAGCGAUCCAGUGGGCAACAGCUGUCAGGCAGGAUGUGCAACAUGCUCGCCUCUGAACGGCUGUCUGUCCUGUAAACCCCGCUUCUUCUUCCACCUGGAACUGGACGGGAUCCAGCAGAGGGGGACGUGUCUGUCCUCCUGUCCCCGAGGUCACUACGGCAUGCGCUCUCCCCAAAUCAGCACUUGCAUCAAGUGCAAGGCAGACUGCGCUUCCUGCUUCAGUGAAAAUUUCUGCACACGCUGCCACCCUGGUCGCUUUCUUUUUCGUGGCAAAUGUGAAAGCAGCUGUCCAGACGGACUGACAGCCAGCACAAUGCUGCGGGAAUGCACAGAGUGCCCCGCAGAAUGUGAGCUGUGUGUUGAGAGGAACAAUUGUACAAGGUGCAGAGCAGACAUGUACCAGAUCCAUGGCCAGUGCAACCAAACCUGUCCCAGAGGUUUUGAGCCUGACGUCCAGCUCAUGCAGUGCAUCCCCCCAAUUCAUUGUGAAGUUGGAGAAUGGACGAGUUGGGGACAGUGUGUUCGGAAACAGAACACAACGGUCCACAGGAGGGGAGAGGAAACACGCACACGACAAAUCCUGCAUCCCCCAAGCACUUCCGGGGACCCCUGCCCUCACCUUGCAGAGAUCAGGAAAUGUGCAGCAAAAAAGAAGCAGAAAAGCAGAUUGGAAUGA